CAAAAAAAAUAUAUUAUCGAAUACUAAAGCAUUUUCCUCGUCGAUAGAAUAUAGAAUUUUAAAAAGGGAGCGAAAUAGGUUUUUCCUUUUUGCAGCUCCGUCGUCCACCAACCUCCUCCGAUCCGGCCGCCGCAGCGUAGCCGAAUUGUCCCCUCGCUAGCUUCUCCGGCCGGCUAGAGGCUGUUUCAGGCGGCCUCGAUCUCCUCCGCGCGGCUGAGGAAGGAGAUCACGCGGUUGCUCAGGGGCUGGGGCGUGCAUGAUGGGAUUUUGGUUGAUUCCGAUGGAGACUCCGGCGAGGCUUCUGUGGAGCACGAGCUUCUUCCGCCACAAGAUCGCCGCCAUGCUCGCCUCCUCCUCCUGCUUCUUAUAGAUCCCACCCCCUCGCCGUCGUCGUCGGCACGGCAGCUAGCUCGCUAGCUUCUGUACAUAGGUCGACGCGCCAUAUAGAUACUAGUCUCGGAUUAAGCGAUAAUUAAGGCAAAGAAUCUCCAAGUUUGCUUCGCUCUUGCAUUGAACCAUGGAGUCUGGACGGCUCAUCUUCAACGCGCCGGGCUCUGGCGCCGGGCAGAUGCUCUUCCUCGACUGCGGCGCAGGCGGCGGUCCCGGCGGCGGCUUGUUCCAUCGAGGCGGGAGACCGAUGCUUGGCCUUGAAGAAGGGCGCGGCGUAAAACGGCCCUUCUUCACCUCGCCCGACGAGCUCCUCGAGGAAGAGUACUACGACGAGCAGCUGCCGGAGAAGAAGCGCCGCCUCACCCCAGAGCAGGUGCUUCUGCUGGAGAGGAGCUUCGAGGAGGAGAACAAGCUGGAGCCGGAGCGCAAGACGGAGCUGGCGCGCAAGCUGGGCCUGCAGCCUCGCCAGGUGGCCGUCUGGUUCCAGAACCGCCGCGCCCGGUGGAAGACCAAGCAGCUCGAGCGCGACUUCGACCGCCUCAAGGCCUCCUUCGACGCUCUCCGAGCGGACCACGACGCCCUCCUCCAGGACAACAACCGCCUCCGCUCACAGGUUGUGUCGUUGACCGAGAAGCUGCAAGAGAAGGAGGAUGCGACGGAGGGCGGCGCCACCGCUGACACCGCCGCGCCGGCGGUGGACGUCGAGGCUUCCCUGGCCGACGACGUCGAGGAGCCAGCAGAGCCUGCGGCGACGUUCGAGGUGCUGCAGGAGGUGAAGUCCGAGGACAGGCUGAGCACCGGCAGCGGCGGGAGCGCGGUGGUGGACGCGGACGCGCUGCUGUACGGCAGGUUCGCCGCGGCAGUUGAUAGCAGCGUGGAGUCGUACUUCCCCGGCGGCGAGGACCACUACCACGACUGCGGGACGAUGGGCCCCGUGAAUCAUGGCGCCGGAGGAGGCAUCCAGUCGGACGACGACGGCGCCGGCAGCGACGAGGGGUGCAGCUACUACGCCGACGAAGCCGCCGCCGCCGCCGCCGCGUUCUUCGCCGGACACGCCACCCACCACCACGCGGACGAGGACGAGGACGCCGGCCAGAUCAGCUGGUGGAUGUGGAACUAGACGUUCGAUCUUCCCACGCCGAUCGAUCGACCGUCUUCGAAUCCUGUGUCAACAAGAAGAAAAAAGAAUCGUGCCGUGAUUUUUCUUUGCGCAACGCUGCUGUAAGCCUGUAAUGGUGAAUUUCUAGCUAUGGUUAUGCCGUUAUGAAGGAAGAAAGUGUAUGCAUGCAUGGUAGGGUAAAGAGUGGGUAAUUAAUAUCGUUGAUCAUCCCAGUCACUCGUGGUGUUCCAGAAGAUCAAUGGAGUUGGGGGAGAAAUAAGUGCGCAUAGAGGCAAGUACUACUCUUUUUAUGGCACAGUGCCUAUGUCAAAUCAGGGUGUUAUUACCAGUUGGUUUUUUUUUUAAAAAAAAUACUGUACUAUUACGCAUUUUCGCAUG